ACAAAAACAGUUUAAAUAAAAGAUGUAGGAACAAAAAUGGAUAUUACUUACAAUAGUUUAACUUUUACUGGACUUCUAAAAUGACAAAACACAACACAAGAUAAGCCAUAAUAAUGCAGAGCAAAUCCGAUCUCUUUUACUUCGAUACGCCAACAAAACCGCGAUUUUCCAAACGACAAUUCUCAAAAUACUAUUUUCUGAAUGAUUCUGAAUCUGAUUUAGACGCAAGUGAUGUAAGUCAAGAAAGCUUUGAGGAUACAAAGAUACCAAACAAACCAACACAUAAGAAAGAACUUGGUAAUCGAUCGAUCCCUGAAAAGUUGUCGAAACCUGUUUUAAAAUCGGAUGACAUAAUUAGGAAACAUGAAUCAAUCGAAAAGCCGAUUCCGUGCUUGGACUGGGAGAACUACCAUCGUCUUAACGUGAUACAUAAUUUUAUGGACGAAAUGGAAUAUAGUUACCCAUCUAUAUGCACAGUGGGUUUCAUAGGAACCUCUCUCGAAGGAAGAGAUUUAAAGAUCCUUAAGAUCUCAAACAGUGUUGCUAGCAAUGCCGCAGUAUGGAUGGAUGCUGGAAUACAUGCCAGGGAGUGGAUAGCACCCGCAGUAAACACAUACAUCGCCAACCAUAUAGCUAAAAACUUUAAUACAUUGCCAGCAUAUCUUACCAAUAAAGACUGGUACUUUCUUCCAGUGGUCAAUCCAGAUGGUUAUGAAUAUUCGCACACAGUUAAUCGUAUGUGGAGAAAGAAUAGAGCCUGGCAUGGGGGUCAAUGCUUGGGUGUCGAUUUGAACAGAAACUUCAGUUACGGCUGGGGUGGUAGCGGUUCUUCGGAUAAUCCAACACAUGCUUUUUAUCGUGGACCAGAGCCUUUCUCGGAGCCAGAAUCAUCAGCUAUGAGGUCAACAACAAAACAUUUUCAAAAUUGCAAGUAUAGUGAAAAUAAUUUCAUAAAAAGUCUAUUAAAUAGAACAGUUUCAACAAAAAUCACAGUGGCACCACUCAACGCCAAGACCCAAGUCUGGGAAAUAAGAUUUACGAAUGAGGGACAAAGAUUGUUUAUGAAAACAUUAGACACAGCGGGAGCAAUUAACAUUUGGAAAGAAGAGCAUAGUACCAUGGAUGUGAUGGUGGAAGGGCCUAGAGCGUCUCAAGUCGCGGGCAUGUUGCAUGAAAGGGAGAUUCCAUAUGCAAUCGCUGUAGGAGAUGUGAAUGUACUAUUGGAAAGAGAGCAGGGAACUGUUCUGAAUAAAUUAAGACGACAGCCUAGUGCAAAUCGUAAUAUGGAUUGGCAUACAUUCCACCGAUUAGAUGUUAUCUACGAGUUUAUGGAAAAUUUGGCCAAGGAAUACCCUUAUUUGUGUACUGUGAUGAUCAUUGGAAAAUCAGUUGAAGGAAGGGAUUUGAAGUUACUGAAGAUAUCGAAUGGAGACUCCUCAAAUCCAGGUGUAUGGCUUGAUGGUACCAUACAUCCUCGCGAAUGGAUCAGUGCAGCUGUAGUGACAUACAUCGCUAAUCAGCUGGUUCGCAACUUCCAAAUUCAGCCUGAUAGCGUUAGGAAUAAAGACUGGUAUAUUCUUCCAGUGAUGAAUCCAGAUGGCUACGAAUACACACACACAUUCGACCGCAUGUGGAGAAAAAAUAGAGCGCGGUACGGUGAAUGUGUUGGUGUCGAUCUAAAUCGAAACUUUAGUUAUGGUUGGGGCGAAAAAGGUGAGGAAGGAUCUUCAGAUGACCCCGGAAAUAUCUUCUUUCGAGGGUCAAAGGCGUUUUCUGAACCGGAAACCAGUGCUGUAAAGCGGCUAAUCUUGGAAUCUCCGACCACUUUCAAGGUGUUCCUCUCAUUCCAUAGCUAUGGAGAAGUCAUAAUUUUCCCCUGGGGCUACAUUGGCGACCCUUGCCCAGACUAUAUUGAACUUCUCGAAGGAGGAACUGCAAUGGCUAAGGCUAUUUUCGAAACCAGUGGCCACACCUAUAAAGUAGGAAGUACAAAGGACCUUAUGUACUAUGCAGCUGGCAACAGCAUUGACUGGAGCUAUGGAGUAGCUAAUAUACCAUACUCAUAUAUGGUGGAACUGAGAGGGAAACAAUAUAGAUUCUUAUUACCGAGAGAAGAAAUUAUACCAUCGGCCCGAGAAGCGAUGAGCGGCGUAAUACGACUAAUGGAUUUUGUUGAUAAAAGGACUAAAAGUGUACAAUCUUGCGUUUGUUCUAAAUAACACGUCGCUGUGAAAUUUAAAAAAAAAUUUAACUUACUGUAAUUUAAUUACUAAACUAUACCAACUUUUUAAGUAGUCGAUGUAUACAAACGUUGUAACUAUACAAAACCCAU